CGGUCAGUGUGAAACUUCUGAAGACACCAUGAAGACGCCUCUGCUCUUCCUCUUGUCGAUCUGUCUGACGUCUGCCCACGGUCGUGCCUCCGUCACAGUCGUCCCCAACAGGUCUCAGUACUUUGAGUAUGAGGAGAUCUCUGUGAGCUGUGAGUCCUCUGGAGAGUGGACGGUGUGGAGAUACACAACAAAGAGUUUGCAGCUGUCCCAGUGUGGGUCGGGCUGGGGCAGCGACACCUCCUCCACCUGCGACAUGAAGACGGUCAAGCUGUCCACCAGCGGCGUGUACUGGUGCCAGUCUCAACACGGGCGCAGCAGCAACGCCGUCAACAUCACCGUCACCAAUCAGCCAGUGAUCCUGCAGAGUCCUGUCCUCCCUGUGACGGAGGGACAUGACGUCACUCUGCACUGUAAAACAAAGACCACUCCCUCCAACCUCCCAGCUGCUUUCUAUAAAGAUGACGUCUUGAUUGGCUCUGAGCUCACAGGUCACGUGAUCAUCCGCAAUUUUUCCAAGUCUGAUGAAGGUGCCUACAAAUGUGUGAUCAGUGACCACGGAGAGUCUCCACCCAGCUGGCUGCUGCUGAGCGAUGACUCUGAGCCGGUCUCUCUCACGGCGUUUCCAGACUCGUCCCAGCUGAUCGAGUACGAGAACCUGUCCCUGAGCUGCGGAGCCGACAGCGGCCUCCGCGGCUGGACGGUCCGAAGGUUCACCACCUUCAGCGGGAAGCUGUCCAGCUGUGGAGAGAAGUGGGGGACUCCCACCUCCUCCGGCUGCCACAUCCACACGGCCAAGCAGCCCGACAGCGCCGUGUACUGGUGCGAGUCGCCUGCCAGGCAGCGCAGCAACUCCGCCAACAUCACGGUGUACGAUAAAGCAGUGAUCCUGCAGAGUCCUGUCCUCCCUGUGACGGCGGGAGAAAACGUCACUCUGCACUGUAAAACAAAGACCCCUCCCUCCAACCUCCCAGCUGCUUUCUAUAAAGAUGGCUCCCUCAUCACAGAGACUACAGGUCACAUGACCAUCCACCAUGUUGACAAGUCUGAUGAAGGCCUCUACAGCUGUGACAUCAGAGGUCAUGGAGAGUCUCCGCCCAGCUGGUUGUUUGUCAGAGACACGCACGGCUCAGCUGCAGCUUCUGAAUCAGCCGUGACUAUAUUGACAGUGAUCCGCUACAUCGUGGUGUCCUCUCCAUACCUGGUCUCCACUUACCUCAUGGUGUCCAAGUAUCGACAACGGCCCACAGAAAGUGCCCUGCCUGUUCCCAUGACGACGCCCACACCUGGUGAGGACGAUGAGGAAUUGGACGAAUAUGAUGACGUCAUCGCUAAUGUCACCACCGAGCACCGUUUUUAAGCUAAACGCUCCUUUCAGUGUUUGUGUGACUGUUUUUUUGAAAUGCUGUUUAACUUGUGAGAUGAGAUGCUGUCAGACAGACAGUCAGUCAGACACGCAGUCAGAGACAGACAGACAGACACACAGUCAGUCAGUCAGACAGACAGACAGUCAGUCAGACAGACAGUCAGUCAGACACGCAGUCAGAGACAGACAGACAGACACACAGUCAGUCAGUCAGACAGACAGACAGUCCACAGUUCAUCCCUUUGACUUACCUUCCCUGUCGUUGGACUAGUUCUUUGUGUUGGUAGUUUUUGUUUUUUCUGAUAUUUGUAUAAAGUUUUUCUCGUGUCUUUUUCACUGUUAUUGAAUAUUUUGUCAAUAAAGUAAAAGAGCAGUAAUGAGUUGUCACAAUGAGCUGUGAAGCUUCAUAUUUAUAGUCACAUUAAUGCUGACUUGGGCGACUCGUACUGGUGUUAUCAGGAGCAUCACUCAGGGCAUCAACACACACCUUCAUCAGAUUUUUUAGAAUACACAAGAUUGAAAUGUUUUAGGCUGUGUGGAAAUAUAAGGAUAUACUGUAUUUACUCCUGCGACCAAUCAUUAAUGAGGUGAACUCAACUUUGUAGUGCUGUCUGAAUAUAUAGUGAGAGCUAUUAUACCUUAUCAUAGUGGAGCCAUAAUGCAUCGUGAAGAGCAGUG